UCGCAGGUUGAGUUGACGGGCAGCAGUUUCUUUGACUACGUGCAUCAUCAGGACAGAGCUGAGGUGGCUGAACAGUUAGGAAUGCCGCUGCCGCAGUUCAACACGGGCCGGCACUCACCGUCACUGUCCGACGAUGGAUCGUCGUCGUCGUCGUCGGCCGCCGAGAAGGCCUAUUUGAUGUCGAACACUCCUCCCCAUGGCUACGACAUUGUCUUCUGCGCGCGGAUGAAGUCGACGUUAACGAAGAGAGGUGUGCACGUCAAAAGCGCAGGGUUCAGG